CAAUUCCUACAUCUGCGAGUCAUAGCAGGCGGCGCUCAGAUAUAAGGAAGCGGCAAGAGGGAUCGCCAACAGUCAAUCGUUGCGGAUGCUCAUGCUGGUGGUACCUACGCUAUGCGCAUGCCUUGCGCUCGUGCUCCCUCUAGUGGCACAGGCAAAAGUGCUGAGCUUAUCGGAUCUCACUUGGACGUUGAAGAAUCAGAACGGAUCAAUCGUUGUUCCAGCCCAAGUACCUUCGCAAGCUCACCUCGACCUAUUACGUGCCGAGAUUAUAACCGAACCAUUGCUUGGUAUCAAUGAAUUCACCCAGCGAUGGAUCGUGAAUGACAAUUGGACGUACACUGCGGAUAUAACCGCGUUUCUCAACGGAACGGAUGCGUCCGAAAAGGCGCUGCUAGUUUUCUAUGGGCUUGAUACAGUCGCCAACAUCACAGUCGCUGGUCAUCCGGUGGCCUGGGUCAAUAAUCAAUUCCGCCAAUAUGUCUAUGAUGUCACCGACCUGCUCGCUUCUCCGUCGUCUCAAGACACCAACCUGACUGUUGCAUUCGAAUCUGCAUGGCUAUAUGGGCUGAACGUCACUUCAAGGCCAGACGUCGAGUGGGUUAGUGGCGAUGUCUUCGAGUACCCGACCGUGCGCCAGUUCACUCGCAAAAUUCAAUCUGAUUAUGGCUGGGACUGGGGCCCUGCCUUCGUCCCGACAGGCAUCUUCAAGCCCGCAUACCUCGUCACUCUCCCUACAACCACGUCCGAUCUUGAGUUAUCACCGACCCCAGAGGCACACCCACUACUGGUGUCUUCUUCGAGCCCGGUCUUCAUUGAAGAAUCGUCUCUAGAGAUUUCAAAGGUCGGGCAGACUCCCAUAGAGCUGCCAGACGAGUCGGCACCGUGGCUCGUGAAUGUCACGCUGUUCGUCCGUUCAGCGGUCGCUAUCGACUCUCCGUCUGUCGUCAUCUCAAUCCCAGAAUUGAAUGUCACCUCUUCGCCCAUCCCCGUGUCGGCCGUUCCCGCUGACACAAGCGAGCCUACUCGAUUGCAGGCGUCGUUCACCGUCCCGGAGGGCGUGCCCGAGCGCUGGUUCCCAACCGACCUCGGGACGCCGAAGCUCUACAACAUCACCACGUCGCUGCACUUCUCUGUGGCUUCGUCGUCUCCGAGUGUCGCGUUCACGACGCAGACGGGCUUCCGCACGAUCACGCUCGUGCAGGCGCCGUACUCGGAGAAGGACAUUCGCGAGCGCGGGAUCACGCCCGGCGACCAGUGGCACUUCAAUGUGAAUGGGAAGGCAUUCUUCAGCGAAGGCACAAAUAUCAUCCCGUAUGACCCGUUCUAUGCGCGCACGACGAGCGAGAAGGUGCGUUGGGUUCUCGAGAGCGCGGUGCUCAGCGGGCAGAACAUGCUCCGCGUGUGGGGUGGUGGCAUCUACCAGCCCUCAGACGAGGUCACCGGCGGGUACGACUUCUACACGGCGUGCGACGAACUAGGCAUCUUCGCGUGGUCAGAACUUAUCUUCUCAGACGCGUUGUACCCGAUCAACGGCUUCCUCCUGGAGUCCAUCGAGCCUGAGGUGCGGCAGAAUGUGCGGCGGAUCAACAAGCACCCGAGCAACGUGCAAUGGGCUGGUGGGAACGAGAUCGAGGGAAUCGUGAUCGGCAUUAACCAGACACAGGCGAACGGGACGCAUUAUCUUGACGAGUUCCAAUUUAUGUUUGGGGAAUUCCUACACGAUAUCGUCUCGCAGGAGACAAAUUCGGUUGCAUACACCGACUGCUCAACCACCGGUGGCGUUCUCAGCCUUGAUCCCUACGUGAUCCGUUACGACAACAAGACCCCAGGCUUCAUCUAUGGCAACAGCGAGCGGUACAACUAUGACGCUAGCCAGGCUUUCAACUACAGCACAUACCCAGUGGCCCGAUUCGUGAACGAGUUCGGCUUUCACUCGCAACCAUCGUUCUUCAGCUACGAAGAAGUCCUGGAAAACCCUGAGGAUUUCUCGUUCAAUUCUACCGUCGUCGCAUCACGUGAUCACCACCCGCCCGCGGGUGGGCUCGCCUUCCCGAACCCGAACUCGAACCAGGGGCAGGCGCAAAUGACGGAGGCCGUGCAGGCCUGGUUGCCGACUCCGGGGACGGCGGACAGCAACCAGACGUUCGCGCAGUGGUGCUGGAGCACGCAGGUGUUCCAGGCGAUGAACAUGGUGUCCGAGAUCGCGUGGUACCGGCGCGGCGCAGGCCUGGGCGAAAAUAACCUCGGGAGCCUCGUCUGGCAGCUGAAUGACAUCUGGCAGGGCACGAGCUGGUCGAGCAUCGAGUACUCGGGGCGCUGGAAGGUCCUGCACUACAGCAUGACGGGCAUAUACACGCCGGUGAUCAUCUACCCAUUCUGGACGCCCGAGAAUCAGACGCUCGAGGUCCUCGUCACGUCGGAUCGCUGGGAGGCCGUCGAUGGGGAGGUGCAGAUGACGUGGUACGACUGGGAGGGGAACGAUCUUGGGACGAGAACGAAGAGCUUCACUGUGCCGAGUCUGAACAAUUCGGUCGUGCUCAAUCAGUCGGGACUGGAGAAGAUUCUGCCGAAGGGCAAGGAUCCCGAGGACGUUUUCAUGCUGCUGAACGUCACAGCGAAUGUCGAAGGGAAGACGGUGACAAGCGAGCAGGUGUUUGCACCAGUUUCGUUGGCCAAUGCCACGCUUGUUGACCCGAAGAUCCAUGUCACUCGCAACGAGAACCUGACGUUCACGCUUUCUGCAAGGGGCGGGGUCGCUGCGUGGACCUGGCUUGAUCAUCCUGCCGGUACGGUCGGAUACUUCUUAGACACGGAGAAGAACAUCCCGGCGAACGGUUUUUACCUCAUUCCUGGUAUCGAUCGCACUGUGAAAUUCGUGCAGAAUGCCGGAUUGUCGACGGUGCAGAGCCCGAGCCCGGAGGAUUUCGUGCUCCGAUCUUUGUGGAAUAACACCCACCUGUGAUAGAUGAUCACUUGAGCUAGUCUUAAGGUACAGGUACCUUUGCAUUUCUGUAAAAAAGUCCAUAUACUUUUCGCCAAUUACAUUGUCAUAGUUAUAUGCUGCCCUCCGUCAUGCUGUCUCACCACGGUCCAAAUAGGUACCUGGCAUGCUGCGCGAGCGCAAAGUUUCCGGUUGCUUUCAACAUCUCGAGAUUACCUGUGUUUUGCUCGAACUGUGCGAGGAAUGCUUGCUCUUCUGGCUGCUCUGCGAGCCUCUGGAGUUCUGCUAGACCUUGAGCGGCGGCAUUGGGCAAGCUCCAGCGCAUCUGGAGAGUAUUCGUCCCUUCUUUCUGGAACUUGAGCAGGAAGUGCCUAUUGUUGUACGGGCUCAGAACAGAUGUCUCAUGGAUGUUCCAUCCCUCCUGUGCAAACUCGGUGAAGACCUUGCACAGCGGGUGCUCCUUAUCGUCCGCGGUGCCCUCAAGAUGGGCAACAUACCCACGCUGGAAGACAUACACGUGAGUCCCGCCUUGCCCGAAGAGGAUCGUCUUGAGCCCAAGGUCAAAGUCGCGGAUACUGGCGCGGAGCUCGCUGAUUUGCAGUGGAUAUUCAUCCGGAAUGUCUAUCGUCCAGCCGCCGCCGUCGCGGAGCUUUACAAAGUAUCCCUUGCCGUCGUCUGUCCACGAGAUCGAGGCGGCUUUCUUGGUGCCAAACUGUUCGCCCUUGAUGUGGGCAAGGAUUUCUGGCUGGAUGGACGUGUCGUACCACAUACUCAGGUUGUACAUGUUCAUCGCAACCCACGUCUUGCCGUUGGGGUGCAUCCUGAGCCAGGCGACUUUCAUAGGGUUCAUGUCUGGCUGCUCAGUAAAAGUCUUUAUAAGGCUGUUCGGCAUGUUACGAUAGUGCAUCUUGCGUCCAUACGUGACGAAAUACGAGUCAUCCGACGGGCCAAAGACGACCAUGAGGUUGACGGCGACCAUUGCUGCUGAGAAUCAGUAUACCGAGAG